AUGUUCGAUGGAGAUAGGGGCUCCACAAGCAUGGCUCCUACUCCCUCUCCGCCACCACAACCGGCUUCAACCCCAGGACGAGGCCCGGAAGGUACGCCUUCCCUUGACGGGGUUGAGGAGGCUGAAGAACCUGUUCCAAUGACCCAAACGGUGGCUAUUAUCACCAGCAUCACCUGUAUCACCGGUAUCGGGAAUCUGCUUGCCGGGCUGCUCACUGUGUGCAUUCCAGUCAUUGCGGCUGACCUCCACAUUCCUCCAGCACUACAGCUGUGGCCAACCGCAGCCUUCGCACUCGCCUGUGGCUGCGUCCUGCUCCCUUGCGGGGCUGCAGCUGAUGUGUUGGGAUGUCGCCGCGCGUGCCUGCUUGGUGGGUUGCUUCAAACCACUAGCGCCCUGGGCGCGGGACUAUCAGCUACAGGAACUCAACUGAUCGCGCUGCGAGUGAUCGCGGGCCUUGCCGCGUCCUUCUGCCUGCCAAGUGCUGUUGGCGUCACGGCCCACGUCUUCCCUGCCAAUAGCAGCCCGCGUCGUCGCAGUAUUGCCUUCGCAGCCAUGGGUGGUGGCCAGGCAGUUGGCUUUGGAUUGGGCCUAGCACUGGGCGGCGUGUUUUCGGACACAGUUGGCUGGCGGUGGGGGUUCUAUGUGACUGCGAUACUCAACAGUGCGGUGCUAGCCCUGGCGCUGUGGGCAAUACCAAACAGUGCGGAUGGUGGUCCGCUGGGGAAGGCAUCGCUCGUGCGCCUCCGCCGAGAUGUAGACUGGAUUGGCGCUCUGGUCAUCAGCGCUUGUCUUGCACUUCUCUCCUAUGAACUAGCUGUCGCCACCGGAUCAGAUGCGAAUCAAAGUAUGCGUCAGCCCCUAAACAUUGUCCUUCUUUGCUCAGCAUUGGCACUCAUACCAGUAUUUGCCUUAUGGAUGGGGCGACAAUUUCGACUCAGUCGUCCAGCGCUGAUUCCAAACUCGCUUUGGGCCAACGUGCCGUUUACGGCUAUUUGUAUCACAGUGUUCCUUGUCUGGGGCACCCUCAAUGCAAGUGAGCAGCUCACAGCCCUGUAUCUCCAAAACGUCCGGGGUACAUCGACUUUGACGGCCUCCUUGUAUUUUAUGCCGGCCCCCGUGUGUGGUCUUCUAAUGAAUGCAGCCAUCGGCAUCUCACUCCCAUACUUAAAGCCCUCGAUCGCUGUGCCCGCAGGAUGUCUCGUGAGUGGUAUUGCCCCGCUCCUGCUUGCAACCCUAUGCGGCGUCGACGGACCUGGGUAUUGGCGUGGUGUCUUCCAAGCCAUGGCUAUAAAUCCGCUGGGGGCAGACCUAAUCUAUACCAUCGCAAACCUAGUGAUGACAGACUCAUUCCCUGCCAAGACCCAGGCCCUUGCCGGUGGCGUCUUUAACAUGCUAGCUCAGGUCGGGAAGAGCGUGGGCAUUGCAACAUCAGCACUAAUUGCGCGGCAAAUAACCUCGCAAACAUAUAAUGCAGAGAGCGCUACCGCCUUAUUAAAGGGGUAUAAGGCCGGAUGGUGGUACAACUGUGGAUUGGGGUUUAUCUCGGUAGCUGUGAGCUUUUGGGGAUUGAGGAGUGUUAAAAGGCUUGAAAUUAAGAAAGACUGA